UCAGCCUUAACCUAUCAGUAUGCGCUAGUCAAUUACGUAGUAUGAGGGUUUAAAGAUACUUUUGAGUAGUAAAAAAAAAUUAAGGAUAGUCAUAAGCAAUAAAAAAUGGGAAAAUAUUUUUUAAAAUUUUCCUUUAUUGGAACAUUAUAUAGAGGAUUGCAGAAACAUUCAAAUAGAAAUAUUCUUGAUAGUGAUUCUGUCCAAGGUGCUAUAGAAACAGGUUUGCUAACUUUGUAUCCAAAACCUGUAUCAAAGGCAAGAUUGUAUUUAACUAGCAGAACUGAUUCAGGUGUACAUGUAUUAUAUACAAUAGCUCAUAUAAUACUGGAAAAUAAAUAUAAUACUUUAUAUGAUUCAGAAGUGAUAAUAAAACAACUUAAUCGUUUUUUUACAAAAACUUCACAUUUUAUUAGGAUAUUAGAAUGUAUUCCAGUUGUAGACGAAUUCUCUAGCAAGGAAAUAGUUAAUUCAAAAACAUAUAUAUAUAGAUUUAUGAUAGCUAAAAAAUAUGAUGAACAAAGGGUACCUAUACUAGAAACAUGUCAUACUUACCACUUAAGAUCUAAGACUUUUGAUAUAGAAAGAAUAAAACAAGGUACACAACUUUUCAUGGGUCUUAAAGAUUUUAGAACAUUUGCAGGAAAUUCAAAAAAACUUACAGACCUUAAAUACGUACGCAAUUUAAAUACCUUAAGUAUAGAAGAAGCACAACCUUUGAUGCCUUUUGACGAAUUAUCUACAAAUUUUGAUUACUGGCAUAUUGUAGUUAGUUCUAAAGGUUUCUUAUAUAAUCAGGUUAGACGAAUAGCAACAGCAUUGCUUGGAUUAGGAACUGGAAAAAUAAAUGAAAAAGAUAUAAAUAUAAUGUUACAAGUUCCAUCAAAUCAAAAUUGGAAUCAACAUUUGCAAGUCCUACCAGCACAUGGAUUACAUCUUGUAAAAGUAGAUUAUGAUCUUGAUAAAUUAGAACAAUUUAUGAUAGAGAAUAAAUCUAAUAAUUAUUGAUAA